GAGAGAGAGCUUCGAGAAUUGGAGAAUGGUGGACUUUGGCCUUGUUGACUACCAAUGCAAGUUGCGUCUUGCGAUUGAUGCGGUGCCAAGUCCCGAGGACUUUUCUAUCCUUUCAGAGCCUAAACUGUGUUGCGAGAUGGCGUGUCAGACCAAACAGCCCGCCAAAAAAGAUGCUGCAUGUCAAACCCAUCCCGACAUGAAGCAUAUGUCAACGCAACAUCGCUGGAAACCUGAACGAAGGAGCAAGAGCACUCAGGUGAAGCAACAGAAAAGGUAUGUUGGUUGCAACACUUCCACACCAUUCAUACCACUAGAAAAAGGUCCUCUUGCAACCUCUACCCCCUUGAAAAGGCCCAGAAGAGAGGCUGAGGAUUCUGAUUGUAGUUUCCAACCAGGAAUGACUGACAGCAGCAUCUAUAAUGAGAGCACUGUAAUUGCAACACCACCCCAUAUAAUGAGGAAAUUCAUUGUUUAUGAGGAAAACCUCAUGGACCUGUUCAAGAAUUGCCCUGCCUGCUCGAGACACUGUGCAAUAAAGAGCAGAACAGUGGGUACAGUUCUACAUGUGGACCAGACCUGUGUUCAUUGUGAACAUCACAAACAGUGGGCCAGCCAACCGUAUGUCAAGAACAUACCAGCUGGAAAUCUGCAGCUUGCUGCUGCUGUGCUCUUUAGUGGCUCAUCCUUCUUGCAAGUCACCAAGUUUAUGCAGGCAUUCAACAUUCAGGGGAUUUGCCACACUACAUACCUGAAACACCAAAGGACAUUCCUAUUCCCAACAAUCAAUUGGCAGUGGAAACAGCAUCAAAAUACUGUGAUUGCAGAAGCACUCAAAGGAAGGAAUGUAGUUCUGGGUGGGGACAUGCAUGCUGACUCACCUGGACACAGUGCAAAGUAUGGAACAUACUCGCUGAUGGACCUCAGAGCAAACAAGAUCAUGGAAAUUCAGCUCAUUCAGAGCAAUGAAGUCGGCAACAGUCAGCGUAUGGAGAAGGAAGGUUUAGAAACAAGCCUGAGAGAGCUAGAGCAGAGAGGAGUAACUGUGCGAAAGAUAGUCACUGAUAGACAUCCUGGUGUGAUGAAGUUCCUCAGAGAGAGUAGACCAAGCAUUUUGCACAGAUAUGAUGCAUGGCACAUGGCAAAAGGUGUUGGCAAGAAAAUUGAUGAGCUUGCAAAGCAAAGAAGCUGCAAAGAGGUUGGCCCCUGGAAAAAAAGCAUCGUGAAUGACCUUUACUGGUGUGGAGCCUCAUCAUCAUCAGGAAAGGAAAUUGUUGCAAAAUGGAGAUCUGUUGUUAACCAUGUACAAGAUAUCCAUGAGCAUGAAGGUGAAUUCCAAAGAUGCCAGCAUCCUCCUCUUGUUGGUGACCAGGCAAGACAGUGGCUUAAACCAAGUACUGCUGCAUGUGAAAAGCUCACUCAGGUCAUCUUGGCACCCAAGUUGCUGAAAGACCUAGAGAACCUAAGUUCUGACUUCCAGACGUCAGGACUGGAGUCAUAUCACAGUCUGAUCCUCAAGUUUGCACCAAAGAGCGUGGCAUUCUCUUUUGUGGGGAUGCUGUGCCGGACUCAACUUGCAGCCAUGCACUACAAUGAAAAUAGCGGAAGACCACAAGCAACAACAGCUGCAGGGGAGCUCCGAUGGCACAUGCAGUAUCCACGCUACAGAAGAGGAGAGUACACAGUACGACUUCUGAAAAGAAAUCCCACAUUUGAAUAUGUUGACAGAUUGCAGGAUCUGGUUUUUGAAAGUGUGUUGGAGCAGCCACAACUGUUUCAGGAAUCUCUAAAAGGACUGCAAGUUCCUGACCACCUCUGCACACAAUUUCAAAGACCUGAAAAGAGUGAAGCUGUUGCAAAACACACGUCAUGA